AUGUCGUUCCACUCAGCUUUCCCCGAAGGGGGAAACCACUCCUCCAGCGAUAAUUCUCCGACCGGUGUACCAUCCACAGUCCCCGCCACCGCCCCGCGCCCGUCACUCGACUCCGCCAGCUCACGCAGCUGUGUAACCUGCAGACGCCGCAAAGUUCGCUGCAACAAGCGGUCGCCUUGUUCCAAUUGUGUGAAGGCCAACAUCGAAUGUAUCUUUCCUCCGCCCGGCCGUGCUCCCCGCAAAUCCAAGCGCCCGCCUGAUGCAGAGCUUAUAUCCCGCUUGCGACGCCUGGAAGGUGUCAUUCAGCAUCUGAGUGAUAAGAACGGCGAGGCUGGCUCAGUUUCGAGUGUUUCACCAAUACAGACAAAUUCCUCUACUCUUCCCUCCGCUUUUACCAAUACUACUGCCAAUACGUCGCCAUCUGCAGUUGCAAAUCCUAUAACCACCGCCGACGCUAAUGCUCAAAACGGGAUUUGUCCAUUUGAGGAUAACGACCCCAAAAAGCUUGCGCCUCGCAAAUUCGAGAAUGAGUUUGGGCGGUUGGUUAUUGAUGAAGGUCGGAGCCGAUAUGUCAGUAAUCGGUUGUGGGCUAGUCUUGGAGAUGAGGUUGAGGAACUUCAAGAUAUUCUCGACCAUUCUUCAUCCGAGGAGGAGGAUGUUUCAUCCCCCGAUUCAUCUCCUGCGGGCUCUCAGGAUGGAUUCCUUUUUGGUUACUAUUCUCUAGCUCACUCCCUUCGCGAAUUUCAUCCUCCGCUUCCUAAGGUAUCGAAAUUUUGGGAGAUUUACAAGGAGAAUGUUGCCCCCUUAAUCACCAUUCUGCACAAACCCACUGUCAGAAAUCUCUUGAUUGAAGCAGCGCAGCAUCCCGAAUCUUUGGACAAGAACUCGGAGGCUUUGGUGUUUUCUAUUUAUCUGUCCGCUAUUGUCAGCUCAAAGCCCGAGGAUUGCUUGGCACAGCUUGGAGAAGAUCGAAAGACAGCUGUCAAACGCUAUAGAUUUGCAGUUGAACAAGCCUUGGCAAAGGCCGGCUUCCUUAACACACAGAGCUUGAUGCUUUUACAGGCGGCAGUUCUGUUCUUGAUAUGCAUUCGUCGAGAGGAUGACUCCAAGUUCGUCUGGUCUAUGGAUGCCAUCAUCCUUCGAUUGUCCCAAGGCUUGGGCCUUCACCGCGAUGGAACUAAUUUUGCACUGAAGCCAUUUGAGACAGAAAUGCGCCGUCGCCUGUGGUGGCAUAUAUGUCUCAUGGAUGUCCGGUCCUCUGAGGACCAUGGAACUGAUCCGCUUAUUCAUGAGAGCAUGUAUGACACUCGAGUACCGUUGAAUAUCAACGAUGAUGAUUUAUACCCAGAAAUGACAGAGGCACCCGUGGAGCGAGAUUGCUGCACCGAUAUGACAUUUUGUCUCAUCCGCUGUGAAAUCACAAGUGCCCUGCGACGGGUAAACUACACAUGCCCUGGUAGCCGAUUCCGUAUGGGCGACACUGCUCCAUCGACUGAUCGUUGCGAACGGAUGAUUCAAAUAAUUAACAACCGAAUCGAGGAACGUUAUAUCAAACACUGUGACAUGAAUAUUCCUAUUCAUUGGGCAUCUGCAACAGUGGCACGACUCAUUCUCGCGAAGUUGUGGUUAAUUGUCCACCACCCUAUGACCCGGAAGGAUCGUUCCACCAACGUAUCUCAAACAACUCGCGAGAGCUUGUUCAUCACUGCGAUCGAGGUCCUCGAGUUUGGGCGUCUCCUCGAGACUGACCCCAAAACAGCCAAGUGGGGAUGGCUAUUCCGAACCAACAUGCAAUGGCACGGAGUCGCAUUCGUCUUAUCUGAAAUAUGCGUGCGACCCAUUUGUCCUGUCACAGAUCGAGCCUGGAAUGCCAUUCAUGCGCUUUAUGCUAAUUGGACUAUGCAUGGUACACACAAGAAGGGCAUGCUCUGGCGCCCAUUGGAUGCUUUGAUGAAACGCGCCGUCGCAACUCGAGCCAAAAAGCAGGAGGAGCUGCGAUCUCAGUUUGGACCAAAUCCCCAACCACCGUUCGACUCAACUAUUGAUUUUGCCGCUACACAUCAUCACACUCUUCCACAAUUGCCCAUAUCUUUGGAUUCGCCCUCUAUUUCCCCUGGCACAUCAAGAAAUCUUUCGAUAGCCGAAGAUCCUGGACAUAUCAAUCUCAGCGCUGGGCCAUGGGACACUUUGCAAACCAUCUUCCCCAACACCAACAUUCUGGCUCCCGUUACUCUUGAUAACUCAACAAUGGCAGACUCGGUUCCUGUGAAUAUCUUACCGAGUGGACUUUCAUUCAAUUCUCCCAUGGGAAUGAGCAACGCGUUCAUGACUCAGGACAACAAUAUGUCCGAGUCGGUUCCACUAAACUGGGAAGAUUGGGACAAUGUCAUGCGUGAAUUCCAGAUGGAUGUUGAGAAUGAUAAUACAGCCGCUGGGAAUGUAUCCAGCGUCACUGGAUGGUUCGCAUAA